GUUGGGGAGGACUAUAUCCGUGUGUCUCAGUGGCAAAGGCAGCUCAGGAAAGGGCACAGAGAAACGUGGACUCAAAUGCCCAUCUCAGCAUCAAGCUAAGCUGCAUGAUAGUGUGGGUGCCCAUGCAUCUGUCCCUUUUGGGAGGCAAAAGACAUUGUGUGGGGGACAUAGCACUCAACUGUCCAUGACAGCCUUGACAGAAAAAGGAGAGCAGAAGACUUACUGACCAGGCAAGCAACGGAAGGAGAAAGUGCCGAUGAAAAGGUGUAUAAAAACCAUGCCAGGUUUAAACAGUCCUGGUUGUUAGGGAGGCUGAUAUAGAUGGAGGCUCAGGGGUCUCAAGUGACAUAACCAAAGUCACACAGCUUGUGACAGGGUCAGGACUAGACACUAGGACUGCAAAAUGGGGGAGAUUAGGGAGUUGGAGUUGGCACUAAUGCUGAGAGAGGGCAGGAAUUCAGGGAUCCUGCCCUGGUACUGACUCUAGCUUGAAGAUGCACCUGGCAGACAGCCGACAUUCUGGGGAUCAGGUUCCGGCCCUCCCCCUCCCCCAGCACUUUCUUUCUCCCCGUCAGCAUUUUCAACCUUGUUUAUUCCCGGAUCGUCAUGGGGUUCUUCAGAAAAAAAGAAAAAGACGAAAAACAAAACAAAACCAACUCCAGUUUUUCCUGGAAUGAAUGCUAGGGGAAUGCAUGGGGUCCUGUGGAUGUUGGGUACAACUCAUGUGGGCGGAGCAUGGGUGUCACAACCAUUUAGUCUUCACAGCAGCGUGUGCCCCCCCCCCCCCCGAGCUGGGGUAAAAGGGCCAAUUUCUGCGUCUUACUUCCAUCAUUCCCAUUUGCUGUUUUCUGGUUAAGGGCGCUCUUCUGUCAUCUACCAGCUCCCAGAGGCCCUAGACUCACUUCCUCCUCCCAGAGACUGGGGUACGGCGAGGGUAGAGGGGCUCUUGGAGAGGGAACAGGCCAGGGCCCAGUGGGACUUGGAGGCUGAGAGGCAGGAAUGUAGCUUGCAGCCUUGUAGGCAGGAAAUGGAGCUGAGCCUGGCCAAGAGCCCAGCAAUUUGCAUGUGGAGGUGGGAGAGAAAAGUUGUUCGUUUUGACUGCAUUUGGAGGGCAGGCGCGCAGUUCCCACGCCUCUGAUCUAGUUCUGGUGGCAGCCUUCCCUCCCUUCCCUUCGCUGCUCCAGUCGCUGGCCAGCUCCCCACUCCUAUAACCAAAGCUAUAAAGAUAUCAAGCCCCUGGGUUUCUUAUUCCCAUCCAUAAGCAGAACUAUUGGGAGGCCUCUGCUGCUGCUGGUGGAGUCUGGAUCCCUUUUCUGCCACCACUGACUGUGGGUCUUGGGCUCCUAUGUUUACUGAGUCUGCUUCCUCCUCUGCACACUGGAUAGCAGCACUUUCCAUGAUGGAAAUCACUCACUCUGCUUGACCCAUCUCAGAACAAUACAGGGUCACAUUUUGCCUGGCUGUGAGGAAAAGUCCUUUGUCAAAACAGAAACUUGGUGGGAGAUAAAAGUUGAGCAGAGGGGGCCCAAAAGGGGUCUCCUGGGGCAAGGAUCCAGGAUUGUAGGACUAAGCCCCUUGAUGGGUGUAUAGACAUAGAGUCUGGGUUCUGCUGGGACUAGAGAGGAGCUGGGGGCUCAGAGGGACAGGCAUCAGAUGCACCAGUCAUCCGUGUAAUACCCCUCCCCCGCCGGAAACCAGCUUCAGAGACGUUGAGCUCCUCGUUAGGCCCGCGUUUAUUUCUCAGGCUGGGAACGGUCAGCCCUAGACAGAGCAGCUGAAGCUUCCUCUGCAAUGCGGCCCAACCCUGAAGGUCUUUGGGAGGAGGGAAGGUAUAGGCCUUCUCCAGCCAACUAGCAUCCCAGCAGAACUGCAGUUAGGCAUCUUCCACAAUACUGCACCCCUGUUCUGUGCAGGGCUGUCCUGAGCCCCCAGCUGAACUGAACGGGGAGAUGGGACAACACCUGAUAUUUCUGGCCUGGAGGAUCUAGAUCCUGAGCACUGGAAUCCCCGGACAUCUUCUGGCUUCCCAGGCCCAUGCUGGCAUCACUGGUGCGUCCUCUGGGCUGCUGGCUGCUCUUUCCAGUUGCUGUGUGCCCUACUGCAGGCCUCUGCAAUGCUGCCACUUCUGCGUCUCCUCCUCCUGGCCUUAGACCUGGGUCUGACUCGACCGCUCAGCUCCAAUGAUCCCAAUGUCUGUACCUUUUGGGAAAGCUUCACCACUACCACUAAGGAGUCCCACUUACGCCCCUUCAGCCUGCUGCCCACGGAGUCCUGUGACAGGCCCUGGGAGGACCCCCACACCUGUCCUCAGCCCACGGUUGUCUAUCGGACCGUGUACCGUCAGGUGGUGAAGACAGACUCCCGCCCACGCCUGCAGUGCUGUGGGGGUUACUAUGAGAGCAGUGGAGCCUGUGUUCCCCUCUGUGCCCAGGAGUGUGUCCACGGUCGUUGUGUGGCUCCUAACCGGUGCCAGUGUGCACCAGGCUGGCGGGGUGACGACUGUUCCAGUGAGUGUGCCCCAGGGGUGUGGGGACCACGGUGUGACAAGCCCUGCCACUGUGGCAACAGUAGUUCCUGUGAUCCCAAGAGUGGGGCAUGCUUCUGCCCCUCUGGCCUACAGCCCCCCAACUGCCUUCAGCCUUGCCCUCCUGGCCACUAUGGUCCUGCCUGCCAGUUCGGUUGCCAUUGCCAUGGAGCUUCCUGUGACGCCCAGAAUGGAGCCUGCUUCUGCCCCCCAGGGAGAACAGGACCCAGCUGUAAUGUGCCCUGUUCACAGGGCACUGCUGGCUUCUUCUGCCCCAGAACCAAUCCUUGCCAAAAUGGAGGUGUUUUCCAGGUCCCCCAAGGCUACUGCAGCUGUCCACCGGGCUGGAUGGGUGUCAUCUGUUCCCUACCCUGCCCCGAGGGUUUCCAUGGACCCAACUGUACUCAUGAAUGUCGCUGCCACAACGGUGGCCUCUGUGAUCGGUUUACUGGGCAGUGCCACUGUGCUCCUGGCUAUAUUGGAGAUCGGUGCCAUGAAGAGUGCCCCGUGGGCCGCUUUGGCCAAGACUGUGCUGAGACCUGCGACUGCGCUCCUGGUGCCCGCUGCUUUCCUGUCAAUGGCGCUUGUCUGUGUGAACAUGGCUUCACAGGCGACCGCUGCACUGAGCGCCUCUGUCCAGAUGGCCUCUAUGGUCUCAGCUGCCAGGAGCCCUGCACUUGCGACCCAGAACACAGUCUGAGCUGCCACCCUAUGCAUGGCGAGUGCGCUUGCCAGCCAGGCUGGGCGGGCCUACACUGCAACGAGAGCUGCCCACAGGACACGCACGGGCCAGGCUGCCAGGAGCACUGCCUUUGUCUGCACGGUGGCGUCUGCCUUGCAGACAGCGGCCUCUGCCGGUGCCCACCCGGCUACACGGGACCUCACUGUGCUAACCUAUGUCCACCGGACACUUAUGGGAUCAACUGCUCUUCCCGCUGCUCCUGCGAAAAUGCCAUCGCCUGCUCCCCCAUCGACGGCACGUGCAUUUGCAAGGAAGGUUGGCAGCAUGGUAACUGCUCUGUGCCCUGUCCUCCUGGCACCUGGGGCUUCAGUUGCAAUACCAGUUGUCAGUGUGCCCACGAGGGAGUCUGCAGUCCCCAAACUGGAGCUUGUACUUGUCCUCCUGGGUGGCACGGAGCUCACUGCCAGUUUCCCUGCCCGAAAGGGCAGUUCGGGGACGGUUGUGCCAGUGUCUGUGACUGUGACCAUUCUGAUGGCUGCGACCCUGUUCAUGGACGCUGCCGAUGUCAGGCUGGCUGGAUGGGCACACGCUGCCACCUGCCUUGCCCAGAGGGCUUUUGGGGAGCCAACUGCAGCAAUACUUGUACCUGCAAAAAUGGGGGUACUUGUGUACCCAAGAAUGGCAACUGUGUGUGUGCACCAGGGUUUCGAGGCCCCUCCUGCCAGAAGUCCUGCCAGCCUGGUCGCUAUGGCAAACGCUGUGUGCCUUGCAAGUGCAACAACCAUUCUUCCUGCCACCCUUCGGACGGGACCUGCUACUGCCUGGCAGGCUGGACAGGCUCUGACUGUUCUGAAUCAUGUCCCCCAGGCCACUGGGGACUUAAAUGCUCCCAAGCCUGUCAGUGUCAUCAUGGUGGAACCUGCCACCCCCAGGAUGGGAGCUGUGCCUGCACUCCAGGCUGGACUGGACCCUACUGCUUGGAAGGCUGUCCACCAGGACUAUUUGGUGUCAACUGCUCCCAGCUAUGCCAGUGUGGUCCUGGAGAGAGGUGUCACCCAGAGACUGGGGCCUGUGUCUGUCCCCCAGGACACAGUGGGGCACCCUGCAAGAUUGGAAGCCAGGAGUCCUCCACCGUAAUGCCCACCUCUCCCGUGACCCAUAACUCACUGGGUGCAGUGAUUGGCAUUGCAGUACUGGGGACCCUUGUGGUGACCCUGGUAGCACUGUUCAUUGGCUACCGCCAUUGGCAAAAGGGAAAAGAACAUGAGCACUUGGCAGUGGCUUACAGCUCUGGGCGGUUGGAUGGCUCAGAUUACGUCAUGCCAGAUGUCUCUCCGAGCUACAGUCACUACUAUUCCAACCCUAGCUACCACACACUGUCCCAGUGUUCUCCUAACCCCCCACCCCCUAACAAGGUUCCAGGCAGUCAGCCCUUUGCCAGCUCCCAGGCAUCUGAGCGACCAGGCAGAACCCAUGGACGUGAUAACCAUGCUACACUGCCUGCUGACUGGAAGCACCGACGAGAGCCCCACGACAGAGGCCCCAGCCACCUGGACCGAAGCUAUAGCUGUAGCUAUAGCCACAGGAACGGCCCAGGACUAUUUUGUCCUAAAGGUCCCACCUCGGAAGAGGGGCUGGGGGCAAGUGUUAUGUCCCUGAGCAGUGAGAACCCCUAUGCUACCAUCAGAGAUCUGCCUGGCCUUCCUGGGGAACCUCGAGAAAGCAGCUAUGUGGAGAUGAAAGGCCCCCCAUCAGUGUCUCCUCCCAGGCAGCCCCUUCAUCUCCGGGACCGCCAGCAGCGGCAACAGCAGCCACAGAGAGACAGUGGCACCUAUGAGCAGCCCAGCCUCUUGAGCCAUAAUGAAGAGUCUGUGGGCUCCAUGCCCCCUCUUCCUCCAGGCCUGCCUCCUGGCCACUAUGACUCACCCAAGAACAGCCACAUCCCUGGACACUAUGACUUACCUCCGGUACGGCAUCCUCCAUCACCUCCACCUCGGCGCCAGGACCGCUGAAAAGUCAGCACUGCAUGGGACAGUGCCUGUAUAUCCUGCCAGAAGAAGGACUGGGCUGGCAGGCUACGAACAAGCACAUUUGAUGAAGUGAACAGAGAGACUGAAGUCAGCCUUCAGCUUCCACCAAGGGAGACACAAGCUGACAAACUGUCUAACUCCCUUUUCCCUUCCCACAGUUCCUUGAAUCCCCAAGGCUCUGUGGACAUCAUUGGUGGCCUGAAUGUUGUCAUAUAGUGUCUGAUUUCAGACUGAUUUUUAAAAAUACAUGUUGGGUACCUUUUCUGUGUAUAUACCAGGUGGGACUGUGUCUGCGUCUGGUUGACUUCCGCAGUAGCCAGACUUCAAUCUUAACUGGCUCCAACAGCAGACCCUCACUACCUGCUCACCCUUUACUUGGUAAUCCUCCAUGUUUUUGCUCAGAGGAUUGUGCCCUGCCUGUGGUGUUUACCUUCCUGGUACUUCUUGGGCUACACAAACUUCCUGUGCCUCGAUGGCCCUGCAGCCUACCUCCUUUUGUCUGCUUUCUCUCUUUUCUGGAGUAAAGGCUACCUGGUGUCCUUCUUCCUCUCCCAGGGACUGGCACAUCUGAGUUGAGCUUAGGUCCUGUUGACUCUUGCUUGUCUUUCACAUAUCCCACAGAGUGCCGGCCCCACCCCCUUCUCUCUUCAUAGCUACUGUGGCUUCUUCAUGCACCUGUAGAAGGCAAGAAUGGUGCCAGACAGGGCUUGGGCUUGUUUUGUUUUUGAAACAUUGUCUCACUUUGUAAACCUGGCUGUUCUGGAACUCACUAUGUAGAUUAAGCUGGCCUUGAACUCAGAGGUCUGUCUGCCUGUGCCUCCUAAAUGCUGUGUUUAAAGGUGUGUGUCACAUUUACGGGAGGUGGGGGCGGGGCUCAGUCUGCACUCAGAUGUGAUGGCCACGUUACUAGAUUAGCCUCUGCCUCCCCCUAGUGGCAGGAGUACUGUUUAUGCUCACUACUGUUUUUCCUUGGCGCAUGGUGGUCAAUAAAUGUUCCUUUAAAAGCUUA